ACGUAGCAAUCGAUUUGAAAUCCAACGCAUGCCCUCCUCGUUUAUCGUACCAAGAGUUGUUCACUCAGUCAGUGGCAUUAGAACUAUCGCACCAGAUACAUACUACUUAACAAAGGGUUAUGAUAGAAAACUUUAGCUUCCAUUUGAUGUCCAAGUGAUUGUAAAGAAGACACAUAAAAAUUCGACUUAAUCCAAGAUGAUAUUAAAAUUUUAAUCGAUAAUAAUCUUUCUUUCCGUGUGCGCUGUCGAAUUUUCAGACAACAACGGGUGAUUACGUCUUAAGGAUUGGAUAAAUUGACUUGAUAAUAUUCGAAAGAAUAUUUAUGGGUUGUAAACCUUUCUGGCACCGAGGAUUAGAGCUGUUAUUGCUCUAUAUCCUCCACCAUGGUAUACUUGCUGAUGGUGACGUCGGAUGUAGAUUUAAUAUUAAUCUUUGCGAUUCCCAAACUGAAGUAUGUUACGACGAUUUAGCAUUUGGAAAAUGUAUACCUUUGUACUCUAAUUUCGAUGAAGAAGAUCUGUAUCAGUAUAAUUUAGACACUGAAAAAUUGAACAUAUUACAAUUACAAUUGCAAAGAUUAGAAACUGAAGGAUACAAAUGGUCUCAUCCAUAUACCCAAUGCAUAUUACGAACUUCUUUAUAUAAUCUUCGGCAUCGAUUGGAAAAAGAUCUUCAGAAUUGUCAAUAUUUUAUGGAAAAUAAUAGAUACCGUUUGAAAGAUGAAGAUAUCGUCGAUGAAAAGGAUAAAGAAACAGUACCCUUCGCGAUAGUGAAAUUUACGCCAAACGAUGGUAAUUCCUAUGGAGAAUUUGCUAAUGAAAUUUAUUAUCCACCUGGUAGUCGUGAUGAGUCAGCAAGAUUAUUAAUGAAUGAUAAAGAAUUUCUUGAUCUACCAUACGGUACGAAAAAUGAUCCUGAAUCGGAACCGAUGCAUCAAUUAUAUAAAUUAACGUACUCCUCGGAUCCUUACAACAAAUAUUCUGCGAUUAACGACGAUGAUAUUUAUAAAAAAAAGUUGCGUAAAAAAUCUUUGAGUUUGGACGAAAUCAAAGGACAACUUUAUCAAUCGGAACCCUAUUCCGUGAAUUCCAAAACACGCUACGAUAAAGAAGAUUUGAAUUUAUUUAAGGACGCAUUGGACGAUGAUAAUCUGAUUAGGAAACUUAACACUAAUAAACAUUUUCAAGAUACUACAAUAAAGUCUACAAACAAUUUGGAUUUUUUGAACAACGAUAGAUUUAAAUUCGAUGAAUCAUACGAUGACAAUUUUGAAACUGCUCCUGAAGAGGAUUAUGAAAAAACUUUUUCGAGAAAAUAUAAGCACCCGACAAUCGAAUUCUUAAAUGAGGAACCACUGUGGAGGGAUAAUACCAAACGACAUGUUAACAUUUAUCCAAAUUUUGAUUAUCAAAAUAAAAAUCUUGCCGAUAUGGAAAUGGAUUUGCAAAGAAACGAUGAUUUUGAUUUGCCUAGGGAAGAUGCAUUGUUCACUGAAGGAGGAAUGGUCCAAUCUUUGAACCCGUCGACUGGUCCUUCGGAUGUUGAUGAUGCACCAUUUAGAAUUUAUCUCGACGAUUUGGAUGCAAUUUUACUCAGACGCGAAUUAUCAGGUUUUAAACGACGAGAAAGAUUGGAUGUUAAAAAACCAGGCCCACUUUUUUCAACGAAUAAUCAUAUAUUUAAAAUGCAAACCCCUAUAACUCAAAAAGAUUCUAUUACUGAAACUACCACAGUGCAAGAAAAUAAUAAUAGCGAUGUUCCAAUUUCAUUACCGGUGAAAAAGGAAUUAAAGAGUAGCGUUAAAUCUUACGAAGGGUCUUAUAAAAAUGUUGACACGGAUCAUGUUUACAUCGAAUUUCAACAAGAAUUUCACACUUGGUCUGAAGGCGAGCGUGUUGUUAAUGAGGUUAGUAGAUUAUUGAAUUUAAAUCCUGGAACUUUGAAAGACAUUAGAGUUGGACGCGCAGAAGUAACAUUCAAAGUUACAAAAAAUAACAUGAACUUUAACUCUACUGACGUUGUAAAUAAAAUCGAUGACAUACGAAACAAUUUACGAGAUACUCUAAGAGUAGAUGUGAUUCGUGCAGGCAUUGGAGAUAAGGCAAAAUUACCUGCAACUUUGGAAGUACCAAACGAUUUAGAAAUAAGUUCGUCGUUAUUUGGAGCGAUAGUAGCUGCUGGAAUAGCAGCUGCAAUAACAGCAGCAGUAGUAACAUUGGUAAUAGUACGACGUCAUGCAAAAUCACGAGAAAAACUCGCAGGACUGGCUACACCUGAUCCCGAGGCUUCCAAAGAUUAUCAAGACCUUUGUAGAGUAAGAAUGCAGGCUAAACAAACACCAGAAAAACAAGAACCAUGGCGUCCCUCGUCUUCGCGUGAAAAUGAAACGAAUAAUUUUAUAUGCGAUCGUUCCAGCACAUCUUCUUGGACCUUUGACGAACCUGCUUUUUCAAACAUGGAUAUAUCAACAGGACAUAUGGUUCUAAGUUAUAUGGAAGAUCAUCUGAAAAAUAAAGAUCGUUUAGAUCAGGAAUGGGUUGCAUUGUGUUCUUAUGGAACAUCCGCGACCGAUGUCGCAGAAAAUGAUACUAAUGCGAAAUAUAAUCGUCCUAAUGCUUCACUUCCAUACGAUCAUUCCAGAAUUGUAUUAAAGGAACUCACAAACGCUAAUAACUCUAACUACAUAAAUGCAUCGACGAUUAAACCGACGGAUCAUGAUCCACGAAAUCCAGCUUACAUUGCAACGCAAGGACCCUUGCCAGAAACAACAGCAGAUCUUUGGCAAUUAAUAUGGGAACAGGGUAGCGUUGUCAUUGUAGCAUUAACUCGACUUACCGAAGAUGGUCGGGCUAUGUGUCAUCGUUAUUGGCCAGAUCAAACUGAAGGAUCCGAACGAUAUCAUAUUUAUGAAGUACAUUUGGUUUCGGAACAUCCAUGGUGUGACGAUUAUUUGGUCAGAUCUUUUUAUUUGAAAAAUUUGCUAACUGGUGAAACACGUACUGUCACACAAUUCCAUUUCCUUUCUUGGCCAGAGAAUGGUGUACCUCACUCAACCAAGGCAUUACUGGAAUUCCGUAGGAAAGUUAAUAAAUCUUAUAGAGGUCGAUCCUGUCCCAUUGUUGUUCAUUGCAGCGAUGGUGCUGGUCGUACUGGUACCUACUGUUUGAUUGACAUGGUCCUAAAUCGUAUAGCGAAGGGAACUAAGGAAAUAGAUAUUGCUGCAACAUUAGAACAUAUUAGAGAUCAAAGACCAAAUAUGGUUGCUACUAAACAACAAUUUGAAUUUGUAUUAAUGGCUGUCGCGGAAGAGGUACACGCGAUCUUAAAGGCCUUAUCCAUUCCUUCGAACGAGAACGUACCAACUAAGGAAAAUAUUUCCUCAUCACCUACGAAAUCUAAUCAGUGGCUGUAACCUAUUAACAACAAUCUUCGUGGAAAAAUCCGGACUGGCGACCACAGAGAAAGUACUACGUAAUUAAGUCCAAUGUACCUUGAAGAAUGGCCAAAUAUCUAAUAGUAAAUGUAUAAUCAUAUUGAUAUAUUCUAUUGAAAUAACUGCUAGUUUCUUCUAUAAGUUUCUAUCACUUUGUCUUUUGAUCAAUAAUAUUUUGAACAUUGUAUACACUAUUUAAGAUGAUUCUCUAAUUGGUUUUAGAAUUGGGCUAUAUAUAAAUAUACAUAUAUAUGAAAAAAGAACAAAAAAAAAUGAAAAAAAAUCAAGUAAACAAUUUAAAAACAAAUGGAUUACACAAUAACGAACCAUUAGAGUAUUAACUAACUCUCAAAGCAAUGCUUCUUAUGAUUAAAUAUUAUCGAGCGUUCUAGUAUAUUAAUCUAAUUGCAUUAUUGCAAUAAACUGAUAUACUAUACACACACAAAAUCUAUUUCGUCCUAUAGAGUAACAAAACUAACAAACAAACUAUAUAGUAAAUAUUUCUACCUCAAUAUGCGCUUCUGAUUCUUCUUUUUCAUUUCUUUUUUCUUUUUCAUUUACAAAGGAUAUUUAUUUUUGAAACAAAUAAUAAUUACGUAUUAUAUAAUAUAUAUUAAAUAUAUACUAGGUGUCCUGUAACUAGUGACAUAAGCGAGCAGAUGGUGAUUCUACAUAAGAAACUAACUUGAAAAUGUAAAAUCAAAUUUGUUCAGAAAAGGCUUUGUUUUUGAGAAAAAAUUGUAUUCUACAUUUUCACCCUUUGCUUACUUACACUAUUUUCCCACUGUUAGAGGACACCCUAUAUAUAUUUGGAUGUAUCAGUCAGAGAGAUACGGCCUAUAGAGAAAUAUUAUUGAAAAUUAUCUAAUUUAAAAGAAAGAAAGAAAAGAAAAGAAAACCCUUACGAAUAGCAGACAUACGUUUCACUCAUAGAAAAGCAUAUAGAACAAAGAAAUUGUGUUAUUAGAUGGUAUUUAAGAGAUACUUAUGUAUGAAGUAUUUUUGUGCUCUGAUAUAAAAAUAUUUAUAAAUAAUCGCGCAUCGUAUAUGUCAUAAGAUGAAUAUCAAGAUUAGAACAAAUUUUUAUUUUUUUUAUUUAAUUCUAAUCUAUCAAGAUUGUCUUGUACAAUCAAAACGAAAAUAUCAAAUUUCAAUAUUUAAUAUUUUAAGAUGUUAUUCUAUAUUCCUUUGCUAUAAUUAACUUGUAUUUUUCUAUGUUUUUUGUCGAUUGAUAUUAGGAAAUCUAAUAUCGUAAUAUUUCAAACGAAAGCUAAAUCUAAAUCUCAUAUCUGAUAGUACACAUUUUAUGGCAACUAUAAAAAGGUGCUAAAAAUUAGUAUACAUCGUAUAUUAGAAAUUACGCGAAAUAUUCUAAGAAAAUCUUUGAGGAAAUUUUUAAAUUUUCGUUUCUAAUCAAUAGUAUUUUUUGGUAAAAUGCAAUUUUUUGUUGCAAUUACUUUUAUUCACACACACACACGCGCGCGCGCACGUAUUAAUUUAUAAGAAAAAUGAUUGGAUCGUACGAUUGUGUGUGUGUGUACACCUUAUUUGUUGCUGAGUAACAUUAUCAUUAAAAAAUAUGAUAAUAAACUCUGUUGAUGUGGUAGAAAUGGUAUAGAUUGUAUAAUGUAUAUGUUAAUAUUACCAAUAUUAUAAUAUUCUGAAAACAAAACAUCAUCUAUACUUGU